UGCCGGUCGCCGAGUCGCGAGUAUGUUCGUACAUCGGGCGCCGCCGCCAGUUUGUUUCUUCACAACUAUCUUGAUUCUUCUACAGUGACGCUGACGAAACGAUACGGAGCGCGGUUAGUGUGCCGUGCCGUGCGACAAAACCACGUACUAAAAUACCUACUAACAGUAGUUCUUACGCUGAAAGAUUGUGAUUGUGUUGUGAUAUUGGGAGCAGUGUGUUAUUGAGAAUGUGCGACCAGCUGUCGGUGUGUCUAGUCAAAUAUUAACGUUGCUAAUUAUGUUGGAACAUAGUGCGAUGUAUCUCAACGUCACGCCGCCAUACGAAGAGGACACCUCCUUUUUUCCGGAUUUUUACAGUACACGGCUUGGCCCAUGUGAGCUGCAGGACCCGGUGUGGGCUAAGAUGAGUGCCUUAGCCGCCGGAGUCAACAAGAAAAGGAAAAAGUCUGAAGCGAAGCCGCAGGCGCAAAUUAACAAAUGCAACAAUGAGAAGCGUCGUCGGGAGCAGGAGAACAUCUACAUAGAGGAGUUGGCAGAACUGAUUUCCGCCAAUUUCGCGGACAUGAGCUCGCUAUCGGUGAAGCCAGACAAGUGCGCCAUCCUUCAGGAAGCCGUCAACCAGAUACGCAGCAUCAAGCAGCAGGAGACAGCGACGCAAUCGGACCCCGUGCAGCAGGGAGAGGUGUCCUCUUCUCGGCCGACGAUUCUCUCCAACGAGGUGUACGGGCCGCUGCUGCUGGAGGCGUUGGAGGGGUUUCUGUUCGUCGUCAACAACGAGGGCAAGGUAGAACACGUUACUGAAAAUGUAUGCACCUACAUCAAGUACACCAGAGAAGAUGUGUUAGGAAAGAGUAUCUACAACUUCAUCCAUCAUGGCGACCACGCCAAGUUCCACACGAAUCUGCUGCCUAUGACCAUCGAGUGGGGUAGCGAGCAACAAAUCACCAACAGGUCCAAGUCGAUAGACAUCAGACUGCUCAUAAAGCCCCCUGACGACCUAGACGAAAGUGUGGAGGAGAAGCAGCAGAGGGUCAGCCGAUACGAGUUGAUGCACAUCUCUAGCACCCAGCUAAGAGAUCAGCUGUCGGUGUCAGAGGAGGACGGUAGUGAUAGUGGUCCGUGUUUGCUCUGCGUAGCGUCGAGGAUAUCUCACAGAGACAAGGCGAAUUGUAGUAUCGAACAAUUUACCACGAAGCUGGACACUUCUGGUAAAGUGAUUUGUGUGGACACUUCGGGUGUAGCGGAUGUGAUAGCUCAGUACCUGAAUAAUGAACUGAAAAACAGAAGUUUGAGGGAACUGGUGCACCAACAAGAACUUAAUAAAAUUAACGUUCAUUUGCGGGAGACUCUUACUUCGGGACAGUCGACUAGUGCGAUUUAUAGGCUCCAGAUCGGACAAGACAAAUCGAUACAAGUGCAAACCAAAUCAAAAUUAUUCAAAACUAAUUUGUCUAACGACACCGACUUCAUUAUGUCCACACAUUCGAUCAUUGGAGAGAAUGACACAGGCGGUCCGACGGAUCCGGGAGGCGGCACCAGCACAGCCUCCAACACCGGCGUCGGCGGGCCAUUGAUGACCAGCGUGGUGAACGGCACCAGGAACGGCCCACCCGUCAACGACAGUGCCGCCGCCAUCUUGCACCCCAAUCCCACCUUCGCCACCUUCGCGCUCGACAACGAAUUCAACUUCGACAUAUUCCCGUCGUCCACCUGGGAGCUGGAGUCGGCCAGCUGGCAGGAGGCCAGGCCGGCCUCGCGGCACAGCGUCACGCCCACCCCGCGACCGCCGAGCAACCCCUCCUACGGGAAUGCGCCCACGGCGGGGCAGUCGUCGCCUUUCGCCGCCCAGCCGAGUCCCGCGGUGCCCAACCCGCCCACGCCCGCCUACAACAACUUUCCCUUCAGUCCGAUGAACGACCAGGGGUACGCGAUGGAGGAGCAGAAAGAUACCAAAGCCAACGUGUUGGAGGAGUCGAACAGGUUGAGAAUUCUGUUGACCAAACCGCAGAACAAUAACAACGAGAACGACGACAAGAACAAGGAUAGGAUACUGAAGGAGCUGUUGAACCAGCAGGACGAGGACGGCGGGCGAAACGAUAGCCGGGGCAGUCCCAGGGGCGUGCCGGGCAGGCCUUUGGCGGGGCCCUCGGAGCCGCCCAAAGCGAGCGCAUCGUCGUCUGGGAAUAACAAUAUGUUGAGACAGUUACUCAACGACAAAAGUGACGAUGACGAUAUCGAAUCGAGGGCGGGGGUGAAAAAGAAAGGCGAAUUGCUCCAGCAACUGCUGAAACCCGAAAGAGAGGGCGACGAUGACAAGCGGAACGACCUGCAGUGCCACGAUGACGCCCUGAUGAGGAGCCUCGGCUUCCCAUCUUCGCCCAGCAGCAAUAGAGGAAGAAAACGGUCUAUAGAAGAUAGAGACCACAAAUCCUCGGAUGGACCACAGGUAACAUCAUCGCUUCAGGAACGCAACAAAAUGUUGGCAUUAUUACUGGCGACAGAACCGCCAAAUCACCAACCAAUUCCACCAAUACCACAGAGCAUCAUUUCUGCCACUCCCCAGGAGAAAUUGCCCAGGAUCACCGACCCAAACAAAGCUAUAUCUAUGGCUCUAAACCAGAAUGCAAUGAAUAACAGAUCCAAUAUAAACAGAAUGCCAGGGCGUCCGCCACAAAAUUCAACCUACAUCAACUCCGUUCUCUCUCCCAACAACAUUCAGCGCAACAACAACCAGCAGAUAAACCAGGUGAACUCCAGCUGCUACCCGUCGCAGGCCACCUCGAGCACCGACUCGUGGGACCGCAGUCCCGCCCCCUCCAACGAUCCCUUCCUCUCCGACCUGCUGGACCAGGUGAUCGAGUUCGUGCCCGACGACAUCAUGCACCUGCUGGACGCCGGCGCCGGGCAGCACCAGCCGGGCGGCUUCCAGUGCAGCGAGGCGGUGGCCAUCAACAACAUCCAGAAGUCGUUGAUGCAGUGCGAGAACGUGGUGAAGGGGCCUGCGUCGCCUGUCGCCGGGAAUCCGCCCGUCUAUUCAUCCUCCAGUAUGUCAAACAAUACAUUUUCACUGCCACCACCAAACUACUCUCAGGCGAAAUUCCAGCGCAUGCAAAUGCGCGCCCCCCAACAGUUCGCCAACAACGUGAACAACCACUCGUUGAGAAAACAGCAAGAGCAGAAGCGCCGCUUGCUCAGCCAGCAGAAGCAGCAGCAGCUUCUCAUUCCGUCCAAUGCCGCCGCCAACGACCUCAACUCGAUGCAGAACAUCGACAGCCUGCUGAACAACGCGGUCGCCCCGAACGUCACCCUGCAGCGUUCGGCUAGCGUCGGCGAGUCGCAGCUGUCGCCCGGCUACGGGCAGCCUGCGAGGGUGGGUGGCCAGCAGCCGCCCUACUCGCCGCACGCGCAGAUGACGUCACCGCUCGGGCAGCAGGCGUACCCGCAAACGACUACGGCCGGCUUCCAGAGCCUGAGCGCGAGGCUGUCGCCGCAGCUGCAGUUCGCCUCGCAGCUGUCGCCGAGACAGGCGUACGGGCAGAGCGGCGCUGCGGGCGCCAAUUGGCAGCAGUCGCAAGCCAGGCUGAGCGUGCAGCAGAAUCCGAUGCUCAGUGCACAGCUUACUAGACCGCCUCAGCAAGCGCAGCGAUCCAUAAACAGUCCCGGCUCGGUGCCAUCGAGACACUCGCCAUUCUCCAACGACCAGUUCCCGCCGCCCACAUCUCCGAAUUCCGCCUUCAACACUCAGUACCUGAGACUUCAACGAGCGAACAGCGUACCCACUGCCACUACCCAGCUGCCAGGUGGGCUGGGCUCUCCCCGGCCGUACACAGGCAGGGACCACCAUCCCCACCCCUAUCCCCCUAUCCCACCCCACCAUAACGUACCCCCAAUGAUGUACCAAGACUCCCAGUACUGUUAUGAUCAGACGGGUAUGUCGUUAGCCUACAAUGGCGCAGACAGGGGCCGCGCUCCCCCCCACCUUCAAAGCGGUGUGUCUGCGAGUGGCCCCACAUCGGAAUUCGUUCGACAGGAGUUGCGCGCAGUGGUGGGUGCCCGAACUGCCCAGGCCCAGCCCACGACCAGCCGUACACCCGCCCAAAUGUUGGUUCAGCAGCAAGUCAGUGAUCUCGAGAGUCUCGGAAUAAAUUUCGAAAUACCGAGCGGUGCGAGUGAUAGCCCGAAACUUUGGGGUGCGAUCGGUUCAGAUAUGGGCUCAAUGUCUCCGCAGCCAGCGACCUCGAGGACUACUAUGGAGGAGGGGCGACAAGGUGAUCAGAAGUCAUCUCUGCUGCAGAAACUUCUGUCAGAAUGACCGCAUGUAAAUACUAAAGAUAUAUACUACUAGGUACCUCAUUGGUUCUGUACCACAGGCUGUAAAUCUAGACAGGUUAGCUGUAUCAAAAGUGCAUUACUACGUUGCUUGUUCGUUAUGAUAGGGUAGUGCGGAGCAAACGGAAGGCGCAGGGCUACAGUGCAAUUGUAAAUAUUUGAGGACUUGUUUAUAAUGUUUAUAUUUAUACGAUAGUAUAUUUUAUUAUUGGACUUGUUUAAAAUUAAUGUAUACUGUUAUUAUUUUGGAUGUGUUUAGUGUUGUCUUCCUUUAGUGAGUGUUCAAGCUACGCAUUACCAAAAAAAAUAGUAACUGUUAAUAUUUUAUACAUAAUUUAAAGUAUGUUAUUUGAAAAGCCCGUUUUGUUGGACAUUGUGAUAGGCGGUCGCCAUGUUACUGUUGCUAGGAAGCGUUUUCCUAGACCUUAUUAGAAAUAGCAUUCAUAUUGAUUGUCAAUUACACCCAGCCACUAAAUUGAAAAGAUGAACAAAUUGACAGACAAACAUUAUUUAAUUACACAGAUAUUUUUUGUACAUUAUUGGAGUUUUGAAAUAUAUCUAUAUUAAAAAUAAAAGUAUAAUUUCUG